CCGAGAGGACUCGAGGUGUUCCGAGGUAUUUCAACGAAAGCGUUGGAUGACAGGCUCACAUGGCGGAGACUGCGCAUGAAACGAGUCGAAAGACGAUCAUCAUCUUCUCAUCAUCUGCUCACUUUGUAAUGCCCGAUACAGCCUCCGUAAUGUUGACCCAGUCACUUAACAAGUUUCCGUCCAAAAAGACCAGCCUCAGAGUGGAUACAAGCGAGGAGCUCAGCUUCCAAGGACCCAGCCUCUGCAAUCUAUUGAAGCCCAAUUGAAGGGCCUCUAGUUUUGGGAAAGCUGGAGCAAUGUACGGGAGCUGCUUGCCAUUCACCCGGCGUCAAUCUCUGAGGGCUGAGGAAACUAACCUCCUCCCAUGACAUUAAAGUGUCAUUAAGCCUCAAUUCGGUCACCCGUGAUGAUGUUUCCGGCAGAGGGGACGUCAGUGUCUGGAAACGAUUCCGGUCGAGACUCAGGGACUUCAAAG